AUCUGAAAAAUAAUUUUUGAUUGGACAACAAACUCAAGAUGGCUGCGCCCAUGAUGAAGAAUUUGGCAGCCUAUUUAUUCCUUCUUUUUUCAAUUACCUCAUGCUUUGAUGAUGAAUUUGAGGGUUCAAGGACACUCAGUUUGGAGCAUUCAUUUGAUCAAGGCACAGAUGCGGUGUUUACUAAGAGAGGUACAGUUGUGAUUAAGUCUAUGCAAUCUAAACGAGCAACAUUUUCACAGGGUUCACCAUUAUCUACACAAGAUAGAAAACUGUUAAAGGAAGUUGCAAGAGAAGAUGGUAUUUACAGAAUCAGAAUUCCUAUACGUGAGACAGGGGAGGGAACUGUGUAUGUUUCAACAUUUACUAAAGCUUGCGCUAUAUAUGAAUCAACACUGGCAGACACCUUCAUUAUUUCUGUUGACCAAUCAGGAGAAGUUUUAGGUGUUUCCAUGGCAACCGACAGUUAUUGCUCAGGAAUUGAAGUACCGUCAGCAAAUCUUACUGACUGGAAUACAAAAGUUGAGAUAUCUGUUUCAGUAUCUGGCCCAGUGCCUGAUACACAAAGCUAUAUAGAUAAGAUUAAGAAAGAUGAAAGAGAGAAAGCUAAAGGAACUCAGGCUGAUAAUAGAUCUUUCUUCAGUAAAUAUUGGAUGUACAUCGUUCCAUUUGUGAUAAUGAUGUUUAUCAUGCAGUCCAUGGAUCCCCAGCAGGGAGGUGGAGGGGGUGGAAGAUAAUAGUGUAAGAGAGGAGGUUGCAGCAAAUUGGUGGAGAAUAAAGAAUUGAAGUUUAGCAGAGGCAGAUAUUAGAAAUACAGAACAACCAUAUUUUGAUUGUUGGAACUGUUGUUUAAUGUUGCAUUGAAAUAAGUUUUAUGUGAAAAAUACAGAAAAUUUUAGUGCAUUUCCUUAAAUUCUGUAACAAAUUGCGCAAAUUUAUUGACCACAAAGGUGGAACAUUCCAGAGGUUGAUCACAAUGCGCUGUUGGUCACAUCUGUUUUUUGAAAUGACUCAUAUAAAUGGCUGGUCCAUAGUUUGUGCAGUAUGACUGGUCUGUAUUCAACACAUAUUUACUAGGCUUAUGAAAUAAUACUGAAUGUCAUGUAAUAAAACACUAAUUGAAUAGCUUGACAAUUGUAUAGUCCAAACUAGUGUCUCUUGGUCCUUCGGAAUUCGGGCAAUACUUUUGACUAUUGACAAUGAAAGCCAUUCAGCAAGUGUAAAAUACACAACAGACUAUGAGAAUGUUUCCUGUUCCAGCAUUAGCCAUUAGCUGAUGAAUUUAUCAUGUCAGAAAUGUUUAACUUUCAGAAGUAAGUACAACAUUUGAUCAGUUAAAACUAUGACUGAAAGAAAAUACAAAAUUGAAAGUAUAAGAUAGAAUGUCAGUUCAAGAAUUUUUCAUUAAGGUAUGAAAUACAUUGUUGUGAUCAAACAUUUGUCCAUACCAAAAUGGAAACUACUAUUCUGUGAUCAGUCAGAAAGCCUUUGUGUUAUGAUAAAAUAUAUGUGUGUUGCGACAGUGUUUAUUUGUAUUUGAUGUCGGUAACAGUGCAGUAUACAUGGUCUGUGUGUUUUCCUUAAUUUACUUAUAUGGGUGACUAUUGAACUUAUACACCUGUGCAUGUUACCAUUAUAAUAUAUGUUGUUGUAAAUUUCUUUUAUUAGCUC